AUGGCGGAGAAGACCGAAAGAGACGAAACAGCUAGAGAUUCAGGGUUUCAUAAUCCCGAGGACAAUGGUGCAGGUGUUCAAAAUGUCGAUUUAACUACCUCGAUUCCUCCUCCAGGAGCGGGGGAUAUUUUUAACGAAUCUCGGGAUGCGAUGAAAAAGAUGAAGGCUCAAGUGCAGAGCAUGGCAAAUGAGAUCGCCCGAAAUAAUCAGGCAAACAUUGACUUGAGGUCUGAAUUCACAGAAAAAUUCAAGACAAUGCAAGCCACAAUCGCUAGUGAGGUUCACCAAAUAUACGAACCAGUUAAACGACAUGUAACAGGUUUGACAAAAAUCGUCCAGGACAACGAGUCGAAGAGUGCUGUGGUCGAGGUGAGUGUUGCACAAAUGCAACUGGAUGUGAACGCGAUCAAAAAAAGGGUCGAAAACCUUGAACACAAGGACAAAAUUGAAAGUCCAAACACGGAAAGUACGAGGAUUGUCCAGAAACCGAACAAAGAAGUUUCUGACGACGAAUCGGAAGAGGAACCGGAAGAAGAAAGAAGAGAACGGAUUCGGACGAUGCUACCACUAGACAUGCACCCGAAUAAAAUUAAAAUUAAACCUCCCACGUACGAUGGAUCGGAGAAAAAGAGACCGAUGAAAUUCAUCAAGGAAUUUCGGAGGUAUUGUGAGGUCACCAACCCCACCAUAACUGAAAUGAAAUAUUUACUGGGACAAUGUCUGGAGAAAGCGGCAAAGGAAUGGUGGGUACUCAUCGAAGACCGCGUUGAGGAUUUUGAUGAAGUGGAGAAGAAAUUCGUGGAGUGA